AUGAGAAGUGAACUUUUUUUCAUCACUAGAUAUUUCGAUAUUGUUGAAACCCUGAGGUUUAUUCUUCUAUUUUUUGUAGCAUCAGAUGAGAGAUUCCGUGAGCAGUUGUAUGACAUAAAUAAAUUGAAUCAAACCGGAAAAGAUUGCAUCUGGCUGUUAAAUGCAGAAAAAGAGAUGACUCGUCACGAAAGCUUUUUGAAGCUGUACCUUCAAUUACUUUUCAACGAGUAUUUUUUAAAACUUAAGCUUUUAGAACAUUCUGAUACGUUCAAUGCAUCUCCUAGCCAGGAUUUCUUCAAUUACUUUUCAACGAAACAUUCUGAUACGUUCAAUGCAUCUCCUAGCCAGGAUUUCUUUCGUAUAUCAGAAAAUUGUGUCUUUGCUUCAGAAAGAAUUUUCUUGUUUUAA